AAAUCACAUUGAAUAUCCAAAAUACCCUUCCCUAACCCUUAACACCCGUUUGGACGACGAAGAUUUGGGUGAGCUCGACUUGGAGAGCUUCCUUACCUCCGUGCCCUAGCCGACGCCGCUCAGCUCCUCAACGUCGACGUCCUCCGCCUCGCUCUUGGUCAAUCUGGUUUAAAGAAUUCAACAGUCUGACUUCUAAACGCAGUAGCUGAGAAGAACUUAAUGGGAUAUUCUAGUGGACGCGAUUUCAUGUUCUGCAACUUGUGUGGAACAAUGCUAGUUAUGCAUUCGCCUAAGUAUGCCGAAUGUCCCUCUUGCGAGUUUAGGCGAAAAGCCAAAGAUAUUAUUGGAAGAGAAAUAUCUUACACAGUCUCUGCCGAGGACAUUAAAAGGGAGCUAGGGAUAUCACAAAUUAGUGAAGAGAAGGUCGAACUAUCAAAGAUCAAAAAGAAAUGUGAAAAGUGUGGAAACGAUGAGGCUUCGUAUUAUACCAGACAGAUGAGAUCUGCUGAUGAAGGGCAAACUACGUUUUACACAUGUACCAAAUGUUUACAUCAAUUUCAGGACAAUUGAAUAUGUUGGAAGAUUAAGAUCUGUUUUAGGCCAUUGGCCAAUUUUGGUUUAAUAGAGAUAUGAAUGUGACUUAUCAAAUGUCACAUAAAUUAGAUGUAUUUUUUGGGUAGCAGUUCCUGUUCUUGCAAUUUUGAUUUCAUUGCUUAUUCUAUAUAAGUAUUUUACUA